GGAUGGUGGCGCUGCCAGGGGGGCGCCGGAGAAGAGGAGGGACCGGCGCGGACCACCCCAGGACGCCUCGGAGGACAACGACGUGUUUGGAGAGGCAGAUGUGGGCCAGAACAAUGAGCCACCCGCUCAGGGAGCAGCGGUGACAGACUCCAAGCGCGCAGCGGACCCGAAGAAUGCCUGGCCGGACGCCAGCCCAGCUGACCCCGGGGGCCGCCCCCACUUGAUCCGCCUCUUUUCCCGAGAUGCCCCUGGGAGGGAGGACAACACCUUCAAAGACAGGCCAUCGGAGUCGGACGAGCUACAGACCAUCCAGGAAGACAGCACCGCCGCGCCCGAGGGCCUGGAGGCCAUGGCCGCACAGAAGAGACCCUCGCAGAGGCACGGGUCCAAGUACCUGGCCUCGGCCAGCACCAUGGACCACGCCCGGCACGCCUUCCUGCCCAGGCACAGAGACUCGGGCAUCCUGGACUCCUUGGGGCGCUUCUUCGGAGGUGACAGGGGUGUGCCCAAGCGGGGCUCAGGCAAGGUACCCUGGCUCAAGCAGGGCAGGAGCCCUCUGCCCCCCCAUGCCCGCAGCCAGCCCGGGCUGUGCAACAUGUACAAGGACACACACCACGCGGUGAGGACCACGCACUACGGCUCUCUGCCCCAGAAGGCGCAGCACGGCCGGGCCCAAGACGAGAACCCCGUGGUCCACUUCUUCAAGAGCAUCGUGACACCCCGCACGCCGCCUCCAUCGCAAGGAAAGGGGCGAGGACUGUCCCUAAGCAGAUUUAGCUGGGUAGGUGACGCCCGCGGCCAUGCAGCUCCCCCCGCCCUCCCGGCCCAGCCCCUGGACCCUUGUGUUCGUCUCUGUUUCAGCUGCUCAAUGGCUCACGCGCUUUGCCGCCCAGCCCAGCUCGCCCGCCGCGGCGUGAGGCCUGCGGUGCCCACGGGUGCCUCCCCCGAGGGGGAGCAGGUGGUUUCUGGGGGCGCCGCACCCCCUGGCAUCGUCCACGCCCUGCUUCCUCCCCGCCCGCCGCAGGUCCCACCAGGCUCUCCACCACGGGGGACACACGUGCUGUCCACCCUGGGCCGCCGGGCUCGGGGGCUCCGUCCGUGAUGACCGACUUGGCCCGGGAGCCUUCGGCGUGUCUGUCUCAGUAAUAACUAGAGCUUGGCCGUCAGCCGUCUGGAAUCCUUCUUAGGAGUUCUAGGCUUUUGAAUCGGAGGACAAAGUUUUUGCGAUGCUUUAAAUAGGUCAUUUGUUCGCUUUCUAGAUACUAAUGAAAUUUGGUGUGUGAACCAGGAGAUGCCAGACUUACAGACCUUAGUGACUAGUAUGUAUGAGAUGUGGUUCCUACUUUAUAAAAAUUAUGAUUUCAGAAUGAAAAGGAAGAGUAACCAGCAACCUCUAGGCCAGGAAUUGUGCCUGUCCUGGGGACACAGAACCCUUAUUCUCUAGUACGGGGCCCGUGACACGCGAUGCUCAAUUAAAAAGCAUCAAAAAAAAAA